AUGUCCGAUCAAGACAUUGAUCCAAAUAAAUACAGCAAAUUGCGAAGUAAGUACAAAUACCACAUUGAUUCAUAUAAUGCGUUGUAUCAGCUAAAAACUGAUAAAGAAGAAGAAUUAAACGAAAUUUACAAAAUGAUCAAAACAGAAAUGAUUGAAUCAAAUAAAUAUCCACCCCAAAAUGCUAUCAAUGAUAUUUUUGAUAUCAUCAUUUAUAAUAAUCGCUAUACAAAGUCAUAUUUGAAACUUGUUAAACUCAUAUUUGAUGAUUCUCAUAUCAAAGAGUUCAGAGUUUCUGAUAUUAUUUCAGGCAUCAUGUUUUAUAAAGAAUAUGGAAUUAAAUUAGACAAAUCUGAUGAUUUCGAAGAAUUUAAACCAACAAAUCUGGAUAUUCAUACAGAAAAUACAAUUUACAAAGCAAUUAUGUAUAAUAACUUGAAAGCAGAUUAUAUCCAUGGUCGGGUAAAGCAUAUUCAUUGCUUGAAUUAUGUUGUUACCAUGGAGCAGUUGAUUGUUUUAAAUUAUUAA